UCAACUGUCAAAACGGCACCAACAACAAACAAAAUCCAUCAGCAUUUUACUUGAUUUUACAUAAAAUAAAACAAGUUUGAUUAGAUUCGACAAUAUGUUUCAUAAAGGCAAAUAUUAUGUUACUUUUAAACGAGGUUUUGACGAACACAAAAAGGAUAUCAUCGUUGUUGUCGAUAAAGUUUUUGAAAAGGAUUGUGUGAAAAUUACUCUAUCAGAUGAAGAAGACCCUGCAUUUUUAAGCGUUCUUACGAUUACUCGCAGUGAUUAUGAAGAGUUAAAGAAGCAACAGGGUCUUUUGAUUGACUUCGAUAAUUUUCCAUCACAACUAGUUAGAUUAUUACAACUAAGUGCUUCAAAUAAUAUGUUUUUACAGAUGCAGCAAACAAACCCGAUCCAGUACUUUUUUGAGAUUGUGGAGCAUAAUGAAUUCAAACGAUUAGUACACUUGUCAUUACGGACGGGCCCGGCUACAGAUGCGGAUAUCAAGCAACAUAUGGCUGAAACAAUUAACAAUUUAAAAAAAUCCUUAUCAGCUCACAAAAAUGCAGUUACAAGUAGUGAUGCACUUUGGAACGAUAAAUGUAUAAAUUUGGAACGGAAAGUUCAUGACUUGUCUCAUGCUUUAAAUAAAAUGGAGGAUGAUAAAGCUAGGAAAGAAAUGGAGUUUCAAGAUCUAAUUAAACAGGAGAAAGAAAGAUUAUUUCAGGAAAGACAGCAAUGGCAAAAGAAUGCUGAAUUAAAUUCAAACAAUCAGCUUGCUGUAACCCAAGACAACUUGAACAGAAAAGAUAGACAAAUUGAUGAAUUGAACUCAAUUUGCAAACAACUCAAGGAAAAUAUUCUACAUCUGGAAAAUCAGUUGAGUGACAAAUCUCAACGUUUGAAUGUAUUAGAAACUGAAGUACAGAAAACUCACAUAGAAGUAGCUACGAUGAAAGCAAAAAAUGUAUCUUUAGAAAGAGACAUUUCAGAUAAAGAAAAGUUGUGUGCACAAUUGAGUAGUAAAUGUGUCUAUAUGGAUCAGACUAUAAAAGACAAUGCAGACACCAUAAAGGAGUUGAACACAUCUCUUCAAAUCAUAAAGAAGGAAAAGGCCAUGCUGGAAGAACGUUUGGCACUAAGUGAGUCAUUGGCAAACAAAAACAAUGAAGCAGCACAUUCUACAUCAGAACAGCUCUUGAAGGCCAAUCAAAUAAUUUCAAAACAGAACUGUGACCUCAUAGAAAUGAAGGAAAAGUUGCUAUGUAGAACUGCCAUUGCAUUGGAACAAGAAAAAGUUAUUGAGAAGUACACAAAAGAGAUGGAAGAUUUAAAAUCAGAAAUUGACUCCACCAAUCGGACUAUGCUGAAAUUAAAAGAAGAACUUAAUGCUCUAGUUGAAAAAUAUCAAUCUAAUGAGCAAGCCCUCAAAGAUCGAGAUGAAACAAUAAAAAAUAAUAAUAUGGUUAUUCAAUGGCUGCAUAAAAAAAUGGAAGACAGUUGUGCGCCGGCCGAUGGAAUUCAUCAAAAGUAUAGACAUGGUAUACACACCGCAACUAGUUCCACCCCUUACUUUUUACCAAGAAGCAGUCAAAAUAAUGUGUCUGAGAUGUCUGACAUGUCUAUAAAUUUUUAUGCGAAUUCAAAAUCAAAUAUAGAAGAAAGUCCAGGUCCCCAAGUUCAAGAAAACAGUGGAAAAAUAGGUCUCGAUCCAAGAUAUUUAAAGCCUGCAACAGAAGACACCAAUAAAAAUGUUCCAAAAGACACUACUUCCAAGCAAAAAAAUACGGACAUGACCGCAAAUAAUAUUAGAGGAAAAGAAAACAAAAUAGUCACUUUACCGAAAGUUGAUUAUAGAGAAAAGAAAACGUCUAGAGCUUCAACCUACAAAGCGACGCCAGUAUCUGCUUAUUUUCCUUGAGUAAUUACAUGAUCAAGUUGUAACGUAUUUUCGGACAGAAAAUAUUAGCCAGUUGCUGGCGUAAUUUUCUACCUACUACUGUAUAGGAAUAGGGUGGAUAAGGAUGUAAAUAAUUUACAGUGGACAGCAAAUCAGAAUUCAC